CGUAGCGUAUAGCAGCGCCAGUACCAAUUCGAGUGUCCGCCGGUUCGCAUGUGUUUGGGGGAGAGUAUAUAUCCGUUCGAUCCGUCGGGUUCCGCGAAUCGUUCCGGCCAACGGACUUUGUGGCGCCACGGACUCAGAUUCUAGUGAAUAAAUUGUGUGUGCCAGCAGAAUAUCGAGAAAUGAGUGCAAAUCUAUUUUAAAUGGUGUGUAAUUAAAGGAAGCGCAGAAGAAUACUUGACAAAAUGCAGUUGUGCGAGGUGCGUGUGCAGCCCCAGCGUUUAGCUAACGAAAGCGAGAUUAAAAUAAAAAAUAAAAAUAAAAACAAAAAUGAAAACGAAAACGAAAAACCAGAGAUCAAACGCCGACACAGAAACAAUCGAAAUGCUGUUGGGGACCGGCUAAAAAUAAUCAAAGUCGAUCGCAGUCGGAGUCGACGGGAGAUAUUCCCACUGCUGCUGCUCCUCACGGGAUUAAAUGGAUUAACUCAAGUUGGAGCGCUCAAGGGUGAAAAUCCACGCAUCAUCGAGCAUCCCAUGGACACGACGGUGCAAAAUGAUCCAUUUACGUUUAAUUGCCAGGCCGAGGGCAAUCCAACACCAACCAUUCAAUGGUUUAAGGACGGUCGCGAACUGAAGACGGAUACGGGCUCGCAUCGCAUAAUGCUGCCCGCCGGCGGUUUAUUCUUUCUCAAGGUUAUCCACUCACGUAGAGAGAGCGAUGCGGGCACUUAUUGGUGCCAGGCCAAAAACGAGUUUGGAGUAGCCCGUUCCAGGAAUGCAACGUUGCAAGUGGCAUUUCUCCGCGACGAAUUCCGCUUGGAGCCGGCAAAUACCCGCGUGGCCCAAGGCGAAGUGGCCCUCAUGGAAUGCGGCGCCCCCCGCGGAUCCCCGGAGCCGCAAAUCUCGUGGCGCAAGAACGGACAGACCCUGAGUCUGGUCGGAAACAAGCGGAUUCGCAUUGUCGACGGCGGCAAUCUGGCCAUCCAGGAAGCCCGCCAAUCCGACGAUGGCCGGUACCAGUGUGUGGUCAAGAAUGUGGUUGGCACCAGGGAGUCGGCCACCGCAUUUCUCAAAGUUCAUGUUCGUCCCUUCCUCAUCCGUGGACCCCAGAAUCAGACGGCUGUGGUGGGCAGCUCGGUGGUCUUCCAGUGCCGCAUUGGAGGCGAUCCCCUGCCCGAUGUCCUUUGGCGACGCACUGCCUCCAGCGGCAACAUGCCACUGAGUCGUGUGCACAUACUUGAGGACCGCAGUCUGAAGCUGGACCACGUCACUCUGGAGGACAUGGGCGAGUACAGUUGCGAGGCGGACAAUGCGGUGGGCGGCAUCACGGCCACGGGCAUCCUCACCGUUCACGCACCCCCCAAGUUUGUGAUACGCCCCAAGAAUCAACUGGUGGAGAUCGGUGAUGAAGUGCUGUUCGAGUGCCAGGCGAACGGACAUCCGCGGCCAACCCUCUACUGGUCGGUGGAGGGCAAUAGCUCCCUGCUGCUGCCGGGUUACAGUGAUGGUCGCAUGGAAGUGACCCUGACGCCCGAGGGUCGCUCUGUGCUCUCGAUUGCCCGAUUCGCCCGCGAGGAUUCGGGAAAGGUGGUCACUUGCAAUGCCCUGAAUGCCGUGGGCAGCGUCAGCAGUCGGACGGUGGUCAGUGUGGAUACGCAGUUCGAAUUGCCACCGCCGAUUAUCGAACAGGGUCCGGUGAAUCAAACGCUGCCCGUGAAAUCCAUUGUGGUUCUGCCCUGUCGAACUCUGGGCACUCCGGUGCCGGAAGUGUCCUGGUAUCUGGAUGGCAUACCCAUCGAUGUGCAGGAGCAUGAGCGCCGGAAUGUCUCGGAGGCAGGAGCCUUAACAAUUUCCGACCUUCAGCGGCAUGAAGAUGAAGGCCUGUACACCUGUGUGGCCAGCAAUCGCAAUGGAAAGUCCUCGUGGAGUGGCUACCUUCGUUUGGACACUCGGACCAAUCCCAAUAUCAAGUUCUUUAGGGCGGCAGAGCUUUCCACCUAUCCCGGACCGCCGGGAAAACCACAAGUGGUGGAGAAGGGCGAGAACGCGGUGACCCUCAGCUGGACGAGGAGCAACAAAGUGGGCGGCUCCAGUCUGGUGGGCUAUGUAAUCGAGAUGUUUGGCAAGAACGAAACGGAUGGCUGGGUGGCUGUGGGCACGCGAGUGCAGAACACCACGUUUACCCAAACUGGCUUGCUGCCGGGUGUGAAUUACUUCUUCCUGAUUCGGGCGGAGAACUCCCACGGCUUAUCACUGCCCAGUCCAAUGUCGGAACCUAUUACGGUGGGAACGAAGUACUUCAACAGUGGUCUGGAUCUCAGCGAGGCUCGUGCUAGUUUGCUGUCCGGAGAUGUGGUGGAGCUGAGCAACGCCAGUGUGGUGGACUCCACCAGCAUGAAGCUCACCUGGCAGAUCAUCAACGGCAAAUACGUCGAGGGUUUCUAUGUCUAUGCGAAACAGUUGCCAAAUCCAAUAGUCAACAAUCCGGCGCCCGUUACGACCAAUACCAAUCCGCUGCUGGGCUCCCCAUCCGCAUCCGCAUCCGCCUCGGCAUCCGCAUUGAUUUCGACAAAACCAAAUAUUGCCGCUGCCGGCAAACGUGAUGGGGUAACAUCGAGCCAAAGUGGAGGAGUUGGGGGAGCAGCCGCACUGAGCACCAAGUACCGCAUGCUGACGAUUCUGAACGGCGGUGGCGCCUCAUCCUGCACCAUCACCGGUCUCGUCCAGUACACGUUGUAUGAAUUUUUCAUUGUGCCCUUCUACAAAUCCGUCGAGGGCAAGCCGUCGAAUUCCCGCAUCGCCCGCACCCUCGAAGAUGUUCCCAAUGAGGCACCAUAUGGAAUGGAGGCUCUGUUGCUUAAUUCCUCGGCGGUGUUCCUUAAAUGGAAGGCCCCAGAACUGAAGGAUCGUCAUGGCAUUCUCUUGAACUAUCAUGUUAUAGUGCGAGGCAUUGACACUGCCCACAACUUCUCGCGAAUUUUGACGAAUGUCACCAUCGAUGCGGCUUCGCCCACUUUGGUUUUGGCCAAUCUCACCGAAGGCGUCAUGUACACGGUGGGCGUGGCAGCCGGAAAUAAUGCCGGAAUCGGUCCUUACUGUGUUCCAGCCACUUUGCGUUUGGAUCCCAUCACCAAGCGGCUCGAUCCGUUCAUCAAUCAGCGCUAUCCCAUCAAUCAGGACCAUGUUAACGAUGUGCUGACACAGCCCUGGUUCAUAAUACUCCUGGGCGCCAUCCUGGCCAUCCUUAUGCUGUCCUUCGGCGCAAUGGUCUUUGUGAAGCGCAAGCACAUGAUGAUGAAGCAGUCGGCUUUGAAUACCAUGCGUGGCAAUCACACGAGCGACGUGCUCAAAAUGCCGAGUCUAUCGACUCGCAAUGGAAACGGCUACUGGCUGGACUCCUCCACCGGCGGAAUGGUGUGGCGUCCCUCGCCCGGCGGCGACUCGCUGGAGAUGCAAAAGGAUCACAUCGCCGACUAUGCGCCGGUCUGCGGUGCCCCGGGCUCUCCGGCCGGCGGUGGUGCCGGUUCCGGUGGCUCCGGUGGUGCGGGCAGCGGUGCCAGCGGCGGCGAUGACAUUCACGGAGGACACGGCAGCGAACGCAAUCAGCAGCGGUACGUGGGCGAGUACUCCAACAUACCGACCGACUAUGCGGAAGUGUCCAGUUUCGGCAAAGCACCCAGUGAAUACGGGCGGCAUGGUAAUGCCUCCCCCGCCCCCUAUGCCACCUCUUCGAUUUUGACCCCGCACCAACAGCAGCAGCAGCAGCAGCAACAGCAGCAACAUCAGCAGCAAUCGCGUUAUCAACAGCGACCAGUUGCCGGUUAUGGCCUGCAACGCCCCAUGCAUCCGCACUACCAACAGCAGCAGCCCCAGGCACACCCACACCAGCAACACCAGCAGCAGGCACACCAGCAACACCAGCCGACACAUCAGCAACAGCAACUGCCGCCGAGCAACAUCUAUCAGCAGAUGUCCACCACCAGCGAGAUAUAUCCCACGAACACGGGUCCGCCGCGGUCCGUUUACUCGGAGCAGUAUUACUAUCCCAAGGACAAGCAGAGACAUAUCCACAUAACCGAGAAUAAGUUGAGCAACUGUCACACUUACGAGGCAGCACCUGGCGCCAAGCAAUCCUCGCCGAUAUCCUCGCAGUUUGCCAGUGUGCGACGACAGCAAUUGCCGCCGAAUUGCAGCAUCGGGAGGGAUAGUGCCCGCUUCAAGGUGCUGAACACGGAUCAGGUGAAGAACCAGCAGAAUCUCCUGGAUCUCGAUGGGUCCUCGAUGUGCUACAAUGGUCUGGCGGACUCUGGAUGCGGGGGAUCUCCUUCUCCGAUGGCCAUGCUGAUGUCGCACGAGGAUGAGCAGGCUCUGUACCACACGGCGGAUGGGGAUCUAGACGACAUGGAGAGGCUGUACGUGAAGGUGGAUGAGCAACAGCCGCCGUUGCAGCAGCAGCAGCAGCAACAGCUGAUUCCCCUGGUGCCACAACAUCCGGCGGAAGGACAUCUGCAAUCCUGGCGAAACCAGAGCACACGCGGCAGUCGCAAGAAUGCCCAGGAAUCCAUCAAGGAACCCAAUGAGUUGAUCUACGCGCCGGGAAGUGUGGCCAGUGAAAGGAGCCUGCUGAGCAAUUCGGGCAGCGGCACCAGCAGUCAGCCAGCCGGCCACAAUGUCUGACCUUUGCCCUCUGGUUCAUCCUUGGGCCAAUCUCAAUCGAAACCCCCAUCACAGUCCCAAUCCCAGAGCGAAUUGCACUCGCAGGAGCAACUCUAUGCCCGGGAAGUGAGGGAACUACUCGCCUGGUGCGAACGCUUCAACAACGGAGGAGUGGAGAACUUUGAGUAGGUUGGGGAAGGGUAUUUGGAGAGGUUGAUGCCAAAGGAAAGGGUAUGCGAAGGGUAUUGAUUUAAAAGCAAAGGAAGAAGCGCCAAGGGAACGAGAGAAGUACACACGAUGUAGUGAAGAGUUUUGGUUGAAAAUAAUCGAGUUUGGUUAACAAAAAUUAAUCUCAAACAUUAAUUUGUACACUUUUUCAAUAAUUUUUUAUAGAUUUGCUGGAUUUAUAUUUUUUUUUGCUUUUUUAAAGACGUAAUGAAAUGAAUAGGAAUAUUCCCCAAUAGUUUUUGGAGCAAAAAAUAGAAAGUAUUUAUGUUUUUCAGGAAUCUUAAGAUUCUUUGUAAGUUUUCUCUAGCUAUUACUGGCUCAUAUAGUUUAUCACGUCAAAACUAUCACAUCAUUGCGAAUAAGUAGCUUGUUCCCCUGGCUGCAUUUGUCACAAUCUAAAAAGUGACCAAAACUGAGACUGACAGAGUGCGAGAAUCGUGUGAGGAUUACUUUUAAUUUGGUUAGUAUUACAAGGUUUCGUUUCUAUAUGAAGAAAAGCCGAGCUCUCUGAACUUUGAGCCAUCGGCCCUAUGCUAGUGAUAGACAUAUUACCCUUUUUCUCCAACUCUCCUACUCUAUCUAUCUCUAACUCGCGCUAAAUCUCUGACUAAGAAACCGCUUUCGUUACACCGUAGACUAAGGUAGCUCUAGCAAAGAUCAUUGUAAAUUAAAACAAAAAAAGUAUGAUAAGUUCCUCCAAGUAUGCAGACGAUGAUAGCCAAAACGCUGCGUUAGCUUUAGGAUAUAUAGACACCCGACUUAGAUAGAUCGAUGGGGCAACAUUUUGUUUGUUACUUAAGGGGUUCGUAAUUGGGCUUGGCGUCCAGACAGAUAUCGAUUCAAUACCCAUGAAUGUUUAUCCACUAAGUGUACAUAUUGUAAUGCACUAGCUGUAGUUAAUUAUACGUACAUAUACAUAUAUCUAUAAAUAUCAAAUGAAUUAUUCUAUCUAAUUAUGCAAAUGUGAACACAAAUGAGUAGACAUAACAAAUAAUAUUUAAACAUAAAGAGUUACGGACAAGUGAAUAAAUUGUGCAUAUAGUAAUUUAAAUUGUAAUAAUUAUAGCAGCCCACACACCCCAUUAAUUAGUUGUUGUUUAAAUACCCAUAUACAUACAUACACACUUAUAUAACCCAUAUAGUAAGAGAAACUGCAUUAAAAAGAAUCACCACCAAGGCAUAUAUGAAAAACAAUCCUUCAAUUUCGAGCCAGGAAAAACAAAGAAACACACAUUUGUUCACUUCUUUGGUUCGCACUAAUGAACUGUACUCACAGGCAGGCAAUUAUAUAUAUAGAUAUAUCCAUCGAUUUGUGCCGAAAUCUCGGUUGAGAAGUUUCAGCAAACACAAGUUCAUUUAGCAUGUUGUUUAUCGCACCCAAAUUGAUGGACAUUAAGUGCGUUUGUAUGUGUGUCUAUGCGUAAUUGUAAUUAUUGAUAUUAAAUACGUAUUUACAAUGUAGCAAUUACAAAAGCAAAAAUAAAAAAUGCCAUAAUUAUGAAAUUAAAACCAA